CUAGCCACAAACACGUCUUUAAUGUCACGCACAGCGGAAGGCGUGAAAGGGAUACAAUGACAUAUUGGUUCGAGACGUGUAGUUCUAUAGAUGAAAAAGCAUGCGGAAAAUGGGUGCAGUCACCGACACAAAAGACCCCUGGCUGUUCGGCGUCACCCCCAACAUCCUUUAACACGGGCCCACCCUCCUCCCGCUGACCGAGAUGCAUUGUGGGGGAAGACGUUGCCAUUCGACCUCUGCGGGGCCUGCGCGGACGCAGGCAGAACCCUGAAAUUAAUUAUGCCUUUAAAACCCCUAUUUAUUUCCGCAUAACCUACAUACUCUCACCAGGAGGCUGGAGCGCGGAAAAACGGCUCGUUUCAUGCGGAAUACUUUAUUUAAGAGAGCCGCGAUCGGAUUUUUGUUUUAUUGAGAAAGUGUAGAUUGUAAUUUAUUUCAAGAAAAUGUCCGGAGAGCGAAACCGCAGGUCGCUGGCUUUCCGAGGAGGUGGAUUAGCCGUCACCGGUGCCAGCGCCGUCGGAGCAGGCAGCAACGGCAACAGCUGUGAGGCCCCGGCCUGUCAAGACCGACAUUUGAACGGGAACAGGCCAGAUCAAGAGGACGACGGUGAUUUGGGGGCGAAAGGACCAUCGCUGGGGAAAGUCGAGGGCGGGGAGUCCGUGAGCGACAGCACGGAGCCGGAGGCAGAGGAGGACGAGGACCCGGAAGGGGGCAGUUGGACAGCGGGGAAAGAUCAUGACAGAGGCGUAUUAAACAGCAUAAUGGUGAAAACCGAGGGCUGUAAGUGGGCGACCGGCAACGGCGUGAACCGCGAGGACUGUAGCGCGGGAGAGGCGGAGGAAGCGGCCGCUAGAAAGCCGCUGCUGGAGAUGAGACCUCAGACGCUGCUGCUGCAGAAACACUCGCUCUUCCAAACCUCCUGGCUGCAGGAGUUUCCCUGGCUCAAAUUCAGCCAGGAAACAGGGCUGAUGUCUUGUUCCUGGUGCCAUAACAUCGCCACCAACAACAGCGACGAGCUGGUAAAAGGCCGCCGGAAUUACAAGCGGGCCUUGCUGCUGAGACAUCACCUGUCCUCGGAGCACGGCAGGAAUGACCCGACCAGACAGGAGAUGGAAAGGCCAGAGGAUGCGGAGAGCCUGGAGGUGGAGGACUAUAGAAACAAGCCCAAUGAGAACUCCUACUGCUACCAGCUGCUACAGGAGCUGGACAAACAGCGCAAGAGUGGUAUCCUCUGCGACGUCAACAUCCUAGUGGGCGACCAGGUGUUCAAGGCGCACAAGAACAUCCUCGUUGCUGGGAGCCACUACUUCAAGACCCUCUACUGCCUGACGAAGAGUGAGAACUGCGACCAAACUACCAUCACGCACUUGGACGUGGCGGCCGUACAGGGCUUCUCAGUCAUCCUGGACUUCCUGUACUCCGGCAACCUCUUGCUCACCAGCCAGAAUGCCAUCGAGGUGAUGUCCGUGGCGAGUUACCUCCAGAUGACCGAAGUGGUCCAGUCCUGUCGCGCCUUCAUCAAAGAUGCUCUUAACAUCAGCAUCAAGCAGGAAGCCCCUGAUUCUGUGGUGGUUGACUACAACAAGCGGCGGACGGUGGCGAAAGAUUGCCAGAGUGCCGACAAGAAGCCCAGCAACUUCUGGGCCACCAGCAUCCUGUCCAAGCUGUCCAUCAAGGCCAGUGGGCAAGUGAAGGAUGAACCCAGCGACGUGGAGGUGUCCGGGGGAGAAGGCUGUGCUUUGGGAAGUUCCGGUUGGGGCGGAGAGAACUCGUCAGAGUCUACGGAGACGCAGCCACAGGGUCCGGGGCCGGUGUUCGUCUGGAACGAGCCGCACCCCGGCACUGGGGUUGCCGUCAAGAGAGAGGUGCAUCCUGAGCCGGGCAGCGGAAGGGGGAAAAAACAGGCUGCCAAGCGCUUUGUCUACAAUAUCCCACCUGAGCCGGAAGACGGUUUUGACGAGGGCAUGUUCAUCCAACCAUCUGCCUCCUACACCAGAGAGGACUUCCCUUACCUCUCACUGAAUGCCGGCGAAGCACCCGAAAACACCCUCAAUAAGCUGAAGUGUCCCCACUGUAACUACAUUGCCAAGCACCGACGAACACUAAAGAGACACCUGAUCAUCCACUCAGGCGUGCGUUCCUUCAGCUGCGACAUCUGCGGGAAGCUGUUCACUCGCCGAGAACACGUCAAAAGACAUUCCCUGGUACACAAAAAGGAUAAGAAAUACAAGUGUAUGGUAUGCAAGAAGAUCUUCAUGUUGGCGGCCAGUGUGGGCAUACGGCACGGCUCUCGCCGCUACGGCGUGUGCGUGGAGUGCGCCGACUCCCACCAAGGCACGCAGGACCUGGAAUUCAACCGCGACGAAGACUUUGAUGAGGCCGGAGAGGGAGACGAGGACAUGGAGGCCGAAGGGGAGGAGCCUAAUAAGAUUGACCAAUCCAACUGCAAGGGGGAUGCGGAUGCCACCCCCGAGAAGGACUAAUUAAGACAUAACCUGGUAGAGAAACGAAUCAAAAUGCAAAGAAAAAAAAUAGCUGGGAAACAAUCAACAAUUCCAAAGUGCUAUCAAACCUCUUUGUUGCACGUGAAGUUAUGACAAAGAUAUAUGUAGAUUUGUUAGAGAGGGACUCCAAUAUUUAAAGAUUGUUCUAUGUGUCAGAGUCUGGGCUGUGUGCCUGUCAGAGAAAGAGGUAUAAUGAUAUAUAACAAAAAAAUCAGGUUUUUCUGUGAUGUAUUUUUUUUCUUUUGUAGGGGAUGAGGGUGUACAGCGUUUCUGAGUUAUAAUAGGCCAAUCAUAUUAAAAGAAAUCAUAAUUAUUUAAUUUAUGAAGAAAGAUAUUAUGGUCUUAUGAAAAUGAUAGAAUUAUUAUUAUUUUUUUUUUUUUAAUGUACGUCUACUUAUUUUCAGUUCAUAACUGCGCUUCCUGACAGACCUGAUCGUAUAUUGCUCAGAGGAGGAGCUCAACAAAGAAAGAGCAUUAUAGAAAUUCCGCCUACAGGAAGAGUUUUUUGUGUGUGUUUCCUUUCUAGUUAAAUGUUGUCAUGAAAUUAUAUAUUUUCCUUUUCCCUGCACAAGUCUUGGAACCAAAAAUCUGUUUUGUGACUCUAAUUAACCACAGCCAUAUUUAUGAUUAAGUUAUAUGGGGCUGUUAGAUCGUGCCAAGCAGAACGCACACCAAGAUUUUUUGCAGGACACAAACUACUGAAAAUGCUGAGAAAACACAAAGCAGAGAAAUAUAAGAAGGAAAGAAAGAAAGAAAAAAUGAUAAAAUAUAAGGGGAAUAUAUUAUUGCUAGCUUUAUUUGAAUCACAGCAUCACAGUAACACUUUAUAAAGCAUUUUGACAUUCACUUAAAGCUUGAAUUUUGCCAAAUGAUAGAAACGUUUGGUGCUGUAACGCUUUUAUUUUUAUUAUUAUUUUUAAAUACUGGACCUACAAGCUGUAUAUGAUGUUAAUAAUCGUAAAGCCUACUCAACUCAGUUAUACUAAUCAGCUUUGUAUUUUACACUGUUGUGCUAAGGAGCCUAUCAGGUAUGCUUUUCUGUUUUUAACAUCUUUUCUAUGAAAUGCACAUACACACACACAUACCAUUUGUUGUUGUUAAAACUACUGGCAGUACUUGUAAAGAUGGAACAACCUGAUGUUGUUGACCCUCCUGAGUUGGUUCGUGGUACUGAUCUUACUUUGAAUCACUUGAACAACCUGUGUACCGUUUUUGAAGAAUGCAGAUGGAAAGAGGUGGUUUGCAAUAGACUCCCAAACAUUUGUUUUGGUCCCCUGUAACAUUUGUGAUCAUUUCGGUUUCGUUUAUUUGGACUUUGUCGUGUGUCUGCUGAGUGGAAAACACUUUGCUUGUGCUGAUGUAGAGUGGAAGGUCUAUGGAAGUACAUAGACAGGCACUUACUGUUCUGCGUUUGAUAAUUUCUUAUUUCCCCAAAGCCGGUCUGGAUGGAAAUAAAUUGAAACUGUUGUGUUUUAUUCCAUACGGAGCUUUAUUUUUAUUUUUAUUUUUUUGACAUUUCAUUAUUUAAUGAUAUAUAUACUAUAUUGACUCCAAAAUGCAAUCAAGACUGUUAAUUUUUAUUUGUCCUACCAAAAUCGUUGUUUAAUUGUUAAAGAUAAUGUAUAAGAAAUCCAGGUAAAUAUUUAGUGUAGAUCCUUGCUUGUGUAUGUCGUCAGAUUUAAAUGUUUUUAUUCUAAAAUCAAUCAUUCACUUUACCCUUAGAUGCAUAUAUUGUUUUAUUUGUCCUUCUUGUUGAGGUUUUAUUUUGCUUUUGUUCAUUCAUUGUGUUUUUUAUUUCAUUUUAAGCGCAUAUUUUUUAAGAACUAUUGUUUGUGGGUUAAUUCCUAGGAGCAGGAGUUUCUGUUCAUAUGCAGUGGAUAUAUUGAAGUGCUAUACUGAUACAGAAAUCGUCUAUCUUUCCCUUUACUCGAGAUGAAAGUGUAUUUUAAAAGCUGUAUAGAAGAUCCUGUUUGUAUUGCUUACCUUCAGAUCACCGUGGGAGGGAUAUUAUAUAUAUAUAUGAAAGAUUAUGAAAAAAAAA